GGCACUCCCGCCGGGGCACUUGCCGUGGCCACAGCACGGGAGGACCACGCUGUCGCGCGGACUCCUGCGCGUGGCGCGGCGCUCCGCCAGCGAGUGCCGGGAUCCCUCUCGGCGUCCUGUGCGCAGGAAUACCUCCGGUGAGUGGCGGCAUGGGGCGAGCGCCGAGGAACUCGAAAAAUGUACAAUUCCAGUACACUGAAAGUGAUUCAGAAAGCAAAACCAUCCAGGACUAAAGAGAAAAUGAAAUAGACCGCAGCCUCGGUGGACAGCUUACUUGGGAUUCCUGCCCUCCCACACGAUGACAAGUUUCAGCUGCUCACCGUGACCCCUUCAUACCUUCAAAACCAGUACCACCUUGGUGAAUCUUACAUAUUACCAAGUCCGGCUGCCAGCAUGAGAUGUAGCCUUGGACCCUCUGGACCACAGCUUCUGUGUGCUGACCCUGAGGAAAUACAUCCAGAAGAUUUCACCUAAAUGAUGUUGGUCUCUUCUUAAUCACGGUUGAUUAUACCGAUUGUCCCAACAAAGCAAAGAUUUCACCCUACUGUUAUUAAUUCAAAACAUCACUCAAUACUGAUAGAGCCUUUGCUUCCCUCUGAAACGUGAAAAGUUAGCUCUUCAUCAUCUGUACUGCUGACAGGUUUGUCUUCCUAGUUCCCACAAUAAUUGACUAAGCUCUAGAUGCUCAAUGACUUUUCCAGUUCAAAGUUCCAAGUCCUUCCACAAUCCUCCCCAGAACAAUCUGGUCUGGUCUGUCAGAGCAAUACCAUACUUCUGUUCCCAAUUUCUAACUUAGGAUUUCUAUUGCUGUGAUAAAACAUCAUGGCUAAAGUGUUUUAUCUUUAUCUGUGGAGGGAGGGGUUUAUUUAUCUUACACUUAUAUAUCACAGUCCAUCAUUGAAAGAAGUUAUGGCAGAAACUGAAUCAAGAACCAUGAAAGAAUACUGUGUGCUGACUUUCUCCACUUGGCUGCUCAGCCUGUUUUCUUAUAGCACCCAGAACCACCCACCCAUAAGUUGUUCUGUUCCUAGUGAGCUGGGACCACCUAUACCAAUCAUUAAUCAAGAAAAUGCCCCCAUAGGGUUUCCUACAGACAGAUCUUAUGGGAGGCAUUUUCUAAAUGGAGAGUCCCUUUCCUCAAAUGACUCUAGCUUAUGUCAAGUUGACAUAAAACUAACCAAGACAAAAAUCAAAAUGAUAUCCUUUUGUUGCUGUUAUUUUGAGACAGGGGUUUGCCAAGGCUGACUUCAAAUUUGUCAGACUCCUGCCUUGGGUUCCAGUUUUAAAUUACUUCAAAGUCUGCUUUGUUCAUUUCCCCCUCUGUACCCACAUGUUUAAGAGUUAAUCCCCAGUGAUUUGAGGAGAUGCAGACUUCGGGAGGUGAUCAUAUCCCAGAGCUCAGCACGCAUGAGUGGGAUUAGUGACCCAGCUGCCUUGCUCCUUAUACCAUGGGGAGCAAGCCCAGAAGUGCCAUCUAUGAACUGAGGAGCAGGUCCUUAUCAGACAUUGAAACUGCUGCCUUCUUGAUCUGAGGCUUUCUGUUGCUCCCAGCAUCACUCUGGAGCUUUCGCAGCAGUCUGAACGCAGUGAGAUUCCCAGCCCCUUCUCAGUCUCUGCCCAUUCAUUGUAUCUUACCCUUGCACAUCGUUGAAAGAAAUUAUGGCAGAACCAAGAUGGUUCUCUGAGAUGGGGUAGGGGACAGAAAGUGGCUAUGAAUCAUCAGUUUCCUAGUUUUACAGUCUUAACAACAUGGGGAAACAGGAGUCCUUGAAUCGUUCUGGAAAGUGGUGGUUCUGGUUAUUUUCUAAAUGUUCUUAACAUGAAUGAAUUUGUCUUCUUUUCCAAGGGGAACUCAAGGUGCAUUCUGGAAUUAACUGCUCAUGGCACACACUGUUAGAGAGUGCUUGUUGGGACUGAUUUUUUUAUUCAUGUGGCUCUUGAUUAAAGCAAAUAUAGAUGCAUGCAAGAGAGGCACCGUGACUGUCAAGCCUUCCCCUGUGAUUCCACUUGGGUCAGCUGCCAAUAUUUCCUGCUCUUUGCAUCCCAAACAAGGCUGUUUGAAUCAUUCCGGUCCUAACAAAUUAGUCCUCUUAAAGGUCGACAGAAUAGUCCAUUUCCACUACGGUCAAUCCUCCACUUUUCAAGUCACCAACCUUUCCCUUGGUAUGACCUUGUUCGUCUGCAGGCUGGACUGUAGCCCUGGUCGGUACCGAGUGUGUGGGGCAGAGAUCUCAGUUGGUGUUGCUCCAGAGCCACCUCGAAACUUAUCGUGCAUCCAGAUAGGAGAACAUGGAAUGGUGACCUGCACCUGGGACCCUGGACAAGAUACACAUCUGAAAACCCAUUACACUUUACAGUUGACUGGACCAAACAAUGUGACCUGUCAGGACCAGUGCCGCUGUCAGAAUUGUAAUCACUUGAAUCUUGGGAUCAGUCUAACCUCUGAUUUAGCUGAAUCCAAGUUCACCGUCAUUGUCACUGCCGCCAACGGUCUCGGAAACUCUUCUUCACUUCCGUUUAUGUUCACGUUCUUGGACAUAGUGAGGCCUCUUCCUCCGUGGGACAUCAGAAUCGAUUUUCUAAAUGCUUCUGGGAGCAGAUGUGCCCUGCAGUGGAAAGAUGAGGGCCAAGUGGUGCUCAAUCGACUCAGAUACCGGCCUUUUAACAGCAGGACAUGGAAUAUGGUUAAUGCUACAAAUGCCAAAGGAAGAUACGGCCUACAAAAUCUGAAACCAUUUACAGAAUAUGAAUUUCAGAUUUCCUCUAAGCUACAUCUUUCUAAAGGAAGUUGGAGCGAUUGGAGUGAGUCGCUGACAACACGAACACCCGAAGAAGAGCCUGUUGGGACAUUAGACAUCUGGUACAUGAAACAGAACAUCAGCUAUAACAGACAACAGAUCUCUCUUUUCUGGAAGAAUCUGAGUCCAUCAGAGGCAAGGGGGGAAAUCCUCCACUAUCAGGUGACCUUGCGGGAGGUGACAAGGAAAAUCACACUCCAGAACAUUACAGGACACACUUCCUGGACUGGGAUCAUUCCCAGAGUGGGGGCUUGGACCGCAUCUGUGUCUGCAGCCAAUUCGAAAGGCACCUCUGCACCCACUCAUAUAAACAUAGUGGACCUGUGUGGCACUGGGCUGCUGGCUCCUUACUGGGUAUCUGCAAAGUCGGAGAACAUGGACAACAUUUUGGUGAGCUGGCAGCCUCCUAGGAAAGCUGCCUCUGCUGUUCAAGAGUACAUAGUGGAAUGGAGGGCUCUAGAACCAGGGAGCAUCAUGAGGUUUCCCCCGCACUGGCUUCGGAUUCCUCCCUACAACACAUCCGCUCUGAUUUCAGAGAACAUCAGUCCCUACGUCUGUUAUGAAAUCCGGGUGCAUGCACUGUCAGAGGACCAAGGAGGCUGCAGCUCCGUCCUGGGUGACUCCAAGCACAAAGCACCCCUGACUGGCCCUCAUAUCAUUGCCAUCGAAGAGAAAAAGGCAAGCGUUUUUAUUUCCUGGUCCCAUAUCCCAGUCCGGGAGCAGAUGGGCUGCCUCCUCCAUUACAGAAUAUACUGGAAAGAACGAGACUCUACUGCGCAACCUCAGCUCUGUGAGAUUCCUUACAGACACUCCCAAAACUCAUAUCCAAUAAGCAGCCUGCAGCCUGGAGUGACAUACGUCUUAUGGAUGACAGCUCUGAGUUCCGCUGGUGAAAGUCCCCAAGGAAAUGAGAGGGAAUUUUGUCCACAGGGCAAAGCCAACUGGAAAGCAUUUGUGGCAUCAAGCAUUUGCAUUGCUAUCAUCACAGUGGGUAUCUUCUCAAUUCGUCCCUUCCGGCAAAAGGUAUUUGCUUUCCUCUCUGCUCUCAGACCUCAGUGGUAUAGCAGAACCAUUCCAGAUCCAGCAAAUAGCACUUGGGUAAAGAAGUACCCCAUUGUGGAGGAGAAGACCCAGCUACCCAUGGACAGUCUCCUGAUAGCCUGGCCCACUCCAGAAGAACCUGAGCCCCUGAUCAUCAAUGAAGUCCUUUACCAAAUGGCCCCAGUCUUCAGACAUCCCUAUUGCCCCAAAAGAGGUCAAGGGUUCAAAGGUCACUCUACCCCCAAGGAAGACACAACAUACAUUGCCUCCAGUCCACAACCUAUAAGAACUCUCACAGCUGACACAAGACAACUAGUGAAUCUAUACAAGGUGCUAGGAAGUAGAGAACCUAACUCGAAACUGGGCAAUCUGACUAGUAACUUGACUGUCACCACAGGGGACUACCUUCCUAGCCAAGAAGGCUAUUUACCCUCUAACAUCGGAGACUUUCCUCCACAUGAGGAUCCUCCAACUGAUUCUUUAGAACUGGAGGAGCAUCAACACAUCUCUCUUUCCAUUUUUGCAUCAACUUCUCUUCGCCCCCUCACCUUCUGUGGUGAGAGGCUGACUCUGGAUCAGUUAAAGAUGGGGUAUGACUCUCUCAUAAUGAGUAAUGAGGCUUGAUAACUAGAAAGGCAGUGUGCCCAUUAAUAUAACACAGCACAACACAUCUGUUUACUCAGUCCCUAAAACAUCGGUCACCAUCUUUGGUAGUACAGGGGCCUGGGUGUAGCUAGACAGUGCAGUCAAGCCAGUGGUAUCUGGAUUAAGUUAGCUUCACCAUAGGGUCUUGCUGCCUUGAACACCAGUUUACUCCAGGUCUAAAACCUCAAUGUACAACCUGGACCUUGUUGUUUUCCUUUGUGUAACUAUGGCCUAACUCAUAUCCCACCACUGGGGAAGUGCCACUCUAAAACGCAAAGCCUGAUUCUACCCCCACCCUGUCCUCUCCAGUGACUACUUUCACAUAUUUGGUACUUUCAUUUAAUAAAGUAUCUAUUUGCAAA